CACCGUUAUCGCCAUUCUUUCUACGAAGCCAUGUUUCACAUCAGUCGAAAAACACGUCUCCGAGCCGUCAUCGCGAUAUCCUUCUGUUUCUUUGCAGCCGAGAUCUCAGUGGGCUUCUACACUGGCUCCUUAGCCCUUGUCGCCGAUGCCUUCCACUAUCUCAACGAUCUCAUCGGCUUCAUCGUAGCCCUAGUGGCGGUUCAAGUGACCGAACGCAAGACGUCACCCGCGGACCUCUCAUUUGGCUGGGCGCGUGCCCAGCUGCUUGGUGCCUUCUUCAACGGAGCCUUUUUACUCGCCCUAGGCCUCAGCAUUGCCCUACAGUCCAUCGAGCGCUUCAUCUCAAUUAAGCCUGUCGAGAACCCAAAGCUGGUUUUGAUCGUAGGAUGCAUUGGACUAUUCCUCAACAUUAUCAGCGCCUUGUUCCUACAUGAACACGACCACGACCAUGGCCACAGCCACAGUGGCCACAGCACUAGCGAUGAGGAAGCAUUAUCUACUCUUGCGCACGCAAAUCAUAUACAUGUGAACACAGCGCCCAAGAAACACGGCAUGGAUCUCGGUAUUCUCGGCGUUCUUAUACACGUCAUUGGCGACGCGCUCAACAACAUCGGCGUCAUCAUCUCAGCUAUCAUCGUCUGGUUUGUAAAGUCGCCCAGCCGCUUCUACGCAGACCCCGCCGUCAGCAUGUGGAUCGCCAUCAUGAUCUUCCUUUCGGCGAUCCCGCUCACCAAGCGCGCCGGCAAGAUCCUCUUGCAAUCCGCUCCAUUGGGUGUCAGUAUCGACGACAUCAAGCACGAUCUACAGGCCAUACCGGGAGUGUUGGGUGUGCACGAACUGCAUGUAUGGCGUCUAGAUCAGAAGAAAGCAGUUGCAUCAGCACACAUCAAAGUCGGCGAUCCCAAUAUCACGAGCUUCAUGGAGAAGGCCAAGAUUAUCUCGGAAUGCCUACACGCAUAUGGCAUACAUUCGUCGACACUCCAACCCGAGCUUAGCUCGUCCGCAGGAAGAUUCGGAGGCACUGGAGAUGUGCUUGAAGAGGUCGCUACGACUGCUACAAGUAUUGUGCGAUCAAGCAUGGAGAAAUGCGGCGUUCCAUGCGGUUUAUUAUGCGAGGAGUUGAAAUGCUGCACGUAG